CGUCGCAUCAUGGGCGUAUACACACUGGAUCGCUUUUGCUACUACAGCACAGAAUACGGGGCAAAGUCAAGAAGCCGCUUCUUUUCCUUCCUAAAUAAUAUUGAGCAACUCGCAACCCCGCCGCUCCAACAGGGACUGGAGGAGGAACAGCGAUUCCGAAUAGCGAAUGAUAUUUUCAUAUCGUUUGGAUCUCGCCAUAAAGACAGAGGGGGGAAAUCAUUAGGUUAUGAAUUAAAAGUACCAUCAACUCAGCUUAUUGCGGUCCUCGCUGCGCAAUACCUGAUAUUCGAGCAUUUCGACGAGGGUGGCCGAUAUGACCUUCGUAUCAAGACCGACCCGGAUUUUAGAAGCCGGAUAGUAUGUGCGGUUUUGUCCGGGGUUUCUCAGGACCCGCCUAUGCAUCCGAGGGCAUUCGCAAUGCUGGAGACGAUUUUUAAAGGCGGAGUCUCUCUCAAUACCCGAUACAAAGCUCUUAUCGACGGUGCACCGGUCUAUAUGGAUCAUUUAUGGUAUCAUACAUUGAGAAGAAUUAUAUUUUCCGACGCGGAGCCGUAUUCGUCAUGUUAAACCCAAGACCCAUCAAAGUGGCGAUUCCAAUAUAAACUCUUCGAGCUGUGUCUAAGAUACGGGGCUGACGAAGACCUUAGCUUGAUAUUCGGUCCUUGCUACGAAAGAAUUAGCUCUGAUCGACUGCUCGUAAAAGUCUACAUUAGCGAUUCCAAGAGUCAGCCUCGUGCAUUACGCUUACACAAUGUCAUGGACGGAUU